AUGAGUCUCGCCAAACGAGUCAAGUUCCUCAUCUAUUGCGUCAAGCAGCUGCCAUUUGUCUUUUACUCGACCUUCCACUACUUCCUCCUGUCAUCAUUCCGCGAUGCAAAGACCAGGCAGGAGCUCGCAGACUUGUCAUUACGCAUACACCUCGUGACACAAGUCAUCAAGAAGUCCACUGAAGACGUUGAUACAGUGACGCUAGAGCAAACACAGGGACUUCUUGGCGGGCCGCAGCCACCACGCAAACAUGAAAUUGCCGUUCCAGUCAAAAUCACAAGCCAACAGCCAGCGGAGAUUGAAGCAAUGGUUGAUGCUGCUGUGCUUGGAACCUGUCCCGAAGGAAUAGACAAGCAACAAUUACCCAAAAGCGUCUUUGCUGAGUGCAAGGCUGAAUGGCAAGGGACGCGGUUGAACGACACGAACACCUACGAAAGUUAUCUUGACGGCUGCAAAGACAAGGAGACUGUUCUAUUGUACUUCCACGGUGGUGGGUUUAUGUUUGGUACAGAAGAAGGCCAUCGGUCGCUUGUAGCGCGCCUACAGAAUCGUUUUCAGGGACGUGCGCUGUCUGUGCGGUAUCGUCUUUCACCGCAAAAUCAAUUCCCGAGUGCAUUGACAGACGCGCUUGCAGCAUAUCAGUAUCUCUUGCAUCCACCAGCCGAUGCUGUGCAUCAAGCGGUUUCUGCUAAUCAGAUCGUACUGGGCGGAGAUUCGGCCGGUGGCAAUUUGGCUAUUGCCCUGUACACAUUGCUUGUGCAGCAAAAGCAGCCUCUCCCUGCUGGACUUGUACUCAUCUCGCCUUGGCUUGACCUGACACAUUCCUUCCCGAGCUGUAGGACAAAGGAGCACGACUAUCUGCCACCCAUGUACCCUCGCGAGGCUGGAACACUGUUGAAACAGCACAGAGAUUCGCCAAGCUGGCCUUUACAGGGGCGUACACGACAGGUAUAUACGAGUGAUGAGCUGCUAUUGCAUCCGCUGGUAUCACCCGUCCUCGUUCCUGAGCUGUGGAAGCGGCUGCAAGCGUCACCGAGGCUUUGCAUUCAGAUGGGGAGCCAGGAAGUUCUGCUCGAUGAGAAUCGCGACUUUGCUCGUGCGCUGACAGAGGUGAGUGACUGUCUGCUUUACGAUGAGUACAGGUCCAUGCCUCAUGUCUUUCAAGUCUUUGGCGGCCAGCAUAAGUCUGCCCUUGUGUCGCUUGAUAUCAUGGCCAAUUUCAUCAAGCGGGCGACACUUGGCCAAGCGAGCGGUUCAGCUUUGUUCAUGAGGGCACUACCGGAUGUGAUGGAAUCACUUUAUCAUGACACGACAUUACUGGCUGUGCGUAGUCUAGAGGAGAAGCAACAACAGAUGCGAGCAGCCAUUGCUGAGGCUGAAGCCCAUAGACAUCGCAUGCUCGACCACAAGAUCAGGCAGGCGCGGUUGUAA